AUGUUUAUCAACACUAUUAUCCAGGCGGCAUUGCUGCUCCUUUCCUGCCUGCCUUUUCUAGCUUCUAGUCGAAGCAUACCAAAUCCUCUGGCACAGCGAGGUCUAGAGCUCUCACCUAGAGCCGUCCAGGUUCAGGCUGUCAAGGUUGAAGCUACCCCUGCGUCAGACAACCACUACUCGCGCGUCACUCGUCUGUCCGACGGCUCUAUUCUGCUUGCCUAUACGCACUUCAACGACAAGGAGAGGACCAUCCAGGUUCUCAAGUCCACGAACAAUGGCGCUUCGUUCCAGCCCUGGGGUGAGAUCGCCCACCGCACCUCAGGCGACAUGGACAAUGUCUUCCUCCAGGAGGUCGGCUCGACCUCGCCACCUACGGUGCUAGCUGCCUUCCGCAACCACGACAAGACUGACGACAACAAGGCCUACACGCACUUCCGCAUCACCGUCUGCCGGUCCGAGGAUGGGGGCAAAAACUGGAAGUUCCUGAGCCAGGCCCAUGAGUUUCCUGCGCAGCCAAACGCCGAUGGCUUCGCUCCUGGCAUCUGGGAACCCUUCAUGCGCAUCGGCGCCGACGGCAACAUCCAGAUGACUUUCAGCAAAGAGCUGGCCAAGGACGACCAACAGACGUUCCGCACCACCUCCAAGGACGGCAGCAGGUGGAGCCCGGCCGUCAACCUGAAGGUGCACAAGGACGACGUCAAGCUGCGUGACGGCAUGCAGGGCAUCGUCAAGGUCAAGGACCAAAAGGACGGCCGCGACGCCCUCGUCAUGGUCUUCGAGACGACGCGCCGCGGCGAGCACGUCUUCAGCGUCGAGUACGCCGUCUCGUACGACGACGGCGCCACGUACCCGGAGCGCGGCCUCGUGUACGCGCCCGCUGGGGACAAGAAGAACGCCGGCAGCCCGCAGAUCGUCAACCUCGGCGACAAGGGUCUGGCCGUGCUGUUUAUGACCGACGAGAGCACGCCGACGCAGGACUGGCCCGCCAUCGCCCAGAUCAAGGGUCUGACCAGCGCCGGGCUGAAGGGCGGCAAGAUCGCCUGGGGCACCAGGCCCGAGGUCGUCGGCAACGCCAACAGCCAGUGGCCGGGCCUGCUGAGUUUCAACGGCAAGAUCCUGGGCGUCUUCGACAAUGAUGGUGUUGUGCAGGGCAGAUUUCUGAGCUGGUAA